AAAUCUCAAGGCCUCGAGGAAGGAGUGGGAAUAACAUAUAAUGUUAAUGCUAGUGUGAAAAAGAUUACACCUACUCAAGAUACGUCAAAAGAGUCUUUCCGAGAUAUUUGAUAGACAUCUGUCAUUGUUUCUAGAAUGUACUUCAUUUCUUUCUUACCAUAUGUCUUUGUUGCAUAGAGAGAACAGUAACUGAAUGAUUUCAUGUACAUGAUGUCAUAUGAAUUGAAUUUUGUUAGUCUUUUCUUCAACUCAAGAGUUGAAUCAUUUCAUGUGUUUAAGUUGUUUUGAUUCCAUUCAAAUAGUAAGUUAUGUCUUCCACUCUUGGAAAUGAAGAAUAUCAUUUGAUGGUAGAUAUGGAGGAAAAUGAAUCUUUUUAAUUUAUUGAAAAGGAAGUUGAAUCCAAGAGGAAAAGAACUUCAAUAGCAUGGAAUGACUUCACAUUACUACAAUUUAAGGGAAAAGAGUUUGCAAAAUGCAACCAUUGUGGUGAAUGAUUAGGUGGACAUAGUUACAAUGGUACGAGCCACUUAAAAUGACAUAGAGAUAAAUGGGUCGAAAAACAAAUUACUGAUAAAAAACAAUGAACUUUGUCAUUUGGAGUUAGUAAAUCUGGUACCACUUCUUUAUAUCUACAUAAAUUUGAUGUGGAGACUAUAAGAAAAUAUAUGACCAAGUGUACAAUAAUGCAUGCACUUCCUUUCAGUUUUGCAGAAUAUAAAUAUCAUAACGAUCUUCUAAAGACUUGCAAUUCAAGGUUUGUUUCAUUUUCUAUAAAAACACUUACAAAAGAUGUUCGGUCAAUGUUCAAGACUGAAAAAAAGAGAUAUCAAGGAGUUUUAAAUAACCACGUGCAGUAGGUUUUAUUGACAUUUGAUAAGUGGUCCUCACAAUAGAUAUUAGGAUACUUAUGCUUGAUAGCCCAAUAUAUUGAUACAGAUUGGCAAUUGUACUCUCAUAUACUUAAUUUUAUACAUGUGCCUCCACCACAUAAUGUAAGUUACAUAUGUGACAUUUUAUCAGAUUGCAUUCUAAGUGGAAAAUUCAAUUGAAAUUGUUUUUUGUUACUGCUGAUAACUGUUCAGCAAAUGAUAGUGGAAUAAGUUUACUGAGAAUGAAUAUAGAAAGAAGAAACAAUAUUUCAUUUCCAUUGAGAGGGAAUACUUUUAUACUUGUUGUGGUACACAUAUUAUAAAUUUCAUGGUUAAAGAUAGUAUGAAUGAUAUGGAUGAUACAAUUUCAAAAAUUUGUGAUAGUGUCAAAUAUGUAAGGGGAUCACCAAACCAACUACAUGCUUUCAAGCAAUAUGUAAAGGCAAUCGAUUUCAACAUUAGCAUCGUGUGAUCCUAAUUAUGCAUGUUUGCCUUCUGAGGAUGAGUGGUCUCAUGCAUCUAAUUUACGUCAGUUCUUAAAGCAACAAAUCUAUUAUUUACCAAUAAGCAACAUCUAAUCUUGUUUUUGAAAAAAAUUUAUCAAUUUACUAUCAUUUGCGUAGGCAUCGUAGAACAUCAAAUGAACAUAUAAGGGCAUACAAAAUGCAAGAAAAUUUUGAAAAAUACUUCAAGAGCUACAAUAUUCUCUUUGCAAUUGCAGCCGUUUUGGAUCCUAAGUUCAAGUUGUCAUACUUGAAGUAUUUGUUUGACGAUUUGGAUAAACCUGAUGCAAUGGUAAAAUAUAAAGUUAUAGAGAACAUCCUUCAUGAAUUGUAUGCUAAUACAAAAAUAUGUAUGAUGAUAGUGACACAAGUAAUAUACAAAGGAGCAAUGCAUCCACUAGUACCAUUAUUACAACGGAAGAGUAUAGAAGUGUGGCUAGAUAUGGCUUCAAAACAUAAUUCAGCUCCACUAUCUCCUAUAGUGGCUCACACAGAUUUAGAAAAACAUUUGAUUGAUCUAAUGAAAGAAAUUGUAACUAUUAUAGACUUCAACAUAUUAUCUUUAUGGAAGACAAAUGAAAACAAAUAUAAAAUUGUAGCAAAGAUGGCUCGAGAUGUAUUAGCCAUUCCUGUAUCUAUAGUUGCUUCGGAAUCUGCAUUUAGUAUAUCAGGAAGAAUUCUUAAUGAUUACUGAUGUUCAACUAUUCCUAAAAAUGUUUAAUUGUUAAUCUGCACACAGAGUUGGUGAUGCACGCAACUUGUGUGAAACGUAUGAAGUUCAUAGUUCAAUGCUAAUUUAUUUUAUAGAUAACAUAAUAGCAUGCUUAAAUUAAUGUGUCAAUGUUACAGUUCUCAUGAAGCAGAGCACCAUUCUGACGAGUUAAUCCAAUGCAUGAAUCAUGGUAAUAUCUUUUGUGGUGUGGAAUCAUGGAUAAACUUAUGAUAUGUUGAAAUGUUGAUGUAAAACUCUUGCAAUGUAAAAUUUUGGAUAUUAAACUUGUGGUUCUAAAUCAAGGAAAGGAUGUAGUUUGUACAUCCAGCAACAACUAUACCUAUGAACUAUGAUGCCCAUUAUAACCUUAUUCUCUUUUGCUAUGGUGUGGACCACACUGAGUGGUGAGUCAGCUUAACUUAUAAUUAAUUUCUGUGAAAUGGUGAGAGUUAAGAAACCAUGUAAUGCUACUAGAAAACCAAGCCAUGGCCCUUGGGAUCUAGCCUAGUUAAACAAGUUGCCAAUGUUACCAAUGGUGUUGCUGGAGAUGGAGAGCUUGGAGUUCUUAGCCUUCGGUUUUUUUUGCUUUUGUCGCUUCAUUAUGCCUGUAUAUUUUAAUGUUUCGGUUUAUAAAGAUUCAACCUUGUUGUUUGUUUGUCUUUUACAUCUACUCCUUCGGUGUCCCUUUUUUAUUGGGUCAUUCUCAUGCUCCCUUUUUGUGCAGUUUGGAUGCCAUUGUGUUGAAGGUUUACUGCCUAGUUUGAUCUAAUUUUCUUAUACGUAAGAAUCUAAGAUCCAUUUCUCGUUAGGUUUAAUCUGGGAUUGCAUGGCAAUCAUUUAUUUGAUUUCCUUUUCAACUUCAUGGAAGCAUGUUGUGGUGGUUAAAUUGGGCAUAGGCUAUUAUUUUCAUAGAGUACUACUACUGACUGCGGUUGGCCAAAUCCGGACCCAACCCGUCAGAAACUGUCCAUGCCUGGCUCGACCCGUUUAGCAGUUAAAAAAUGGGUCGGGCGGGGCCUCAGACGUGGUUGAGUAGGCCCAAUACCCUGCCCGGCCAGCCCGUUAAUAUUCAGGAUGGGUAGCAAGCCAGCCUGAUCCGAAUGUUAAUUGUUGCCAGCAUUUUGUAAAUGGGCCAGGCCAGCCCGGCCCAGUCCGGCCCGAUGCCCAGGCCUAAACCCCUUCCUUCAGCUGGAGCCUGAGAUCUCAGUGCGACCAGGAGGGAAGGAGAGUUAGUACAAAGAGGAGACUAUUGGUAAGGCCUUCAAGAUGGAUGGCAAAAAAGUUAAGUAGGAAGAAGGGAAAAGAAGGCACUUGAAAAUCAUGGAGUGAACAAGUUCAAAAACAGAUCGCCGCCUCUAAAAUUUGCUCUGAUCGAACUAGAUAGGAAUGUAAAGCAUAGGCAUGAAGGCAUGAUGCCUCAGGGCUCGGGCAAAAUGGUCAAUGUGGGGUCAGUUGAUGCUUCAUUUGCAGGCAAGGCUUCCUUCAAUCAAGGGGGUUGGAACAUCAGUUAAUGCAGAUAGGGGACAGAGAUAUGGAAAGAAGCCGGAUUUCAGAAGGAAGAUUAAACAAAGAGAAUAAAGAGGGAGACACAACGCAUGGAAGAGGAGCCUCAAGUUAGCUAAUGAGGAUUCUUUCUUGAAAUGCCCAUAGGUUGGCGGGUAAGUCAGCCCAACAGGAGUUUGUGAAUAUGAUGAGAGGCCAUCAACAAAAUAUAACAAUUAUUAUUGAUGUUAGAAUUUAAAUAUUCGACAUUAUGUAAGUAUACAUAUGUUUCAUAUAUAAUUUGUAUAUAUGAAUAUCUAUGUAUGCAUAGGUGUUAUGUAUUUUAUUUUAUUUGCUUCCUUUUCUUUUCAUGUACUUUUUAAUUCUUUUCUUUUUCUAUUUUUACCUUUUCCUUUUUGUAAAAGGGAACUAGCUGUUGGACCAGCUUCCAACGGCUAGAUUUCUAGCCGUUGGAGCUGGCCCAACAGCCAACUCCUCCUUCUUCUCUCCCUUUCAUUGUACUAUAUAUAUGGGACUGUUGUCCCUUGUUUGGUUAAGGCUUUUAGGCCUCUCUUGUGUAUUCUUCUCUUGAGAUUAAUAGAUUUGGUAUCUUCUCCUCAAGUUUGAGGUUUGGUUGUGUAUUACCUAUUGAAGUUGUUGGGAUCUUCAGGAGUGUAUCUCUUGAAGCAUUUGUAUUCUCAAGAUCAGGCCUGAUUUACAUGGUAUCAGAGCCUUGUUUUGGCUCUUUGUGUUGCUGUCUUUCAAGCUUGAAGAUCCCUGGUAUUUCUCUUCCGUUGGAGCCGUGAAGCACUCCAAGUGUUCGAUAUAUUGCUGCUUUGAGUUGACACAAGAAGGUGUUGUUAUUUUACUGGCCUCUUUUGGUGAUAUUUAUGACGGGAUAAAGCUCCCUUGGUGGUGAAGAUUGUGGCAGUCUUUGACGCGUCAAAAGCUUCAUUUUGUGUGGCUGUUUUUCAUCCUAGCACUACCUCAACGUCUCCUUUACAAGGUACACAUUAUGGAUGAAAGAACUUCUUCUACUCCUCUUUCUAAAUUAACUUCAUCAAAUUAUGUUUCUUGGGCAAAAACUAUGGAACAUUUUAUUAGAAGUAAAGGCCUAUAGGGACUUGUUGAUGGGUCUAAAGGUGAACCUCAAUUAGUCCUCACCAAGACCAUAGAUGGUAAAGCCCAAAAACUAGAUGGAGUUGAAAAAGACAAGGUUAUGAAUGAAUAUGAGAAAAAAUGGGAAGAGUGGAAGAUAGGACACCACAAGAUUAUCACUUGGAUUAUUGCUUGUGUUGAUACUACAACCAUGGGCUAAAUAGCAAAACAUAAUUUUGCUCAUGAAGCUUGGGAAUUCUUCAAGAAAACCCACACUAUGAAGGAUGUGGCCUACAUGUGCAAUCUUCAAAUGAAGAUUGCAAGUCUCCAACAAGGAGACAAGUCCAUUAAAGAAUACGUUGGAGAAAUGGAGCAAUUAUGGGACGAACUUACUUUAUUUGAACCCGAAUGGUAUGAUCCAAGAGACAUUGGAGUUAGAGAAAAACAAAUCCAAAGGGAGAAAUUUUAUAAAUUCAUUCUUGGUCUUAGAUCGGAAUAUGAUGGAGUCAAAACUUCCUUGCUCCAUAGACAUAAAGUGCCAUCUAUGAACGAAGCCAUAGCGGAACUUCAAAUGGAGGAGAAUAGACUCAAUUUUUCAAAAGACAAGAGUGAAAGUGUUCUUGCUACCUCAAGACCCGGUGCUCAUAUGAGAACUUAUAGGCCUCCUCACUUUAAUCGAAACUAUGAGCAUAGCAAUAAUGGCAACAAGAAGAUUAUAUGUUUCCAUUGUCAAGAAGAAGGACAUACCAAACUUAGAUGUCCUAAAUUGAGGAGAUUUGAUAAAAAGACAAGUGUGGCUGGGACAAUGUAUGAAGAAAGCAAUCGAUUUGACCUAGACAAACUUGUAAGUGCCCUCCAACCAAAGCUUAUUGAUGCUCUUCAACCGCUUUUCAAAGGAGGAGGGACUUCUCCAAUCUCCGGAGGAACCGUGGCAUCUACAUCAUCAAGUAAGUACUCUUGGAUUCUUGAUUCCGGAGCUUCAUUUCAUAUGACCCCUUGUAAUUCUUUGCUUACCGAAUGCACUAAGGAAGAAUCAUGCCCAUUUGUUAAAACCGUCGAUGGAACUCCUCUUGAAAUCAAAUGUGUUGGGAAUAUUGAUCAAAAUUUUAAUUCAAAAGUUUUUAAAAUACCAAAAGUUAGAUUUAUUCCCAAACUUAACUUAAAUCUCUUGUCGGUUUCUCAAAUAACAAAUCAUGGAUGUGAUAUUGUCUUCUCACAAAAUAAAUUUUUGAUACAGGACCAUCUUUCCAAGAAGACGAUUGGGGAAGGUUCUAGGAAAAAUGAUCUCUACUAUGUUGACUAUUUGGAUCUUUCCAACCCUACUUGCAAUAUAGUCAAGAAGAGUGACAUUCAAGUUUGGCAUCAAAGACUUGGGCAUUCAAGUUUAGGAAAAAUGUCUUGUAUCCCUUUUUUGGAAGAGAAAUGUAAAGAAAUGAUCUCUUGUAAUGAUUGUAUUAAAGCCAAAAUUAAUGCUUUACCUUUUGGAAAUAGAAAUUUUGUUGCAAAAGCACCUUUUGAAUUAGUGCAUUCGGAUGUAUGGGGUCCCGCUCCUAUUAUGUCUAAACGUGGUUUGCUUUAUUAUGUCAUUUUUGUGGAUGAUUACUCUCGAUAUGCUUGGGUUUACUUUCUUAAAUGCAAAUCGGAAGUCUUUAUGAAUUUUAAAAACUUUUACAACAUGAUCAAAACUCAAUUUGAUGCAAACCUUAAAAUUUUUAGAAGUGAUUUCGGGGGAGAAUUCAUCUCCAAUGAAUUUGAAGAAUUCCUAAAAGAAAAGGGAGUUAUACACCAAGAGUCUUGUCCCAAAACCCCCCAACAAAAUGGAGUCGCCGAAAGAAAACAUAGACAUAUUCUUGAAACAACAAGAGCUCUUCUUAUAUCAAAAAAUGUUCAUGCCCUUUAAAAUUUUAGAAAAUAUUUCACCUUUUCAAAAACUUUUUAAUUUGGAGCCAACUUAUAAAAGAUUCAAAGUCUUUGGUUGCAAAUGUUUCAUUUUAAAUGACAAAAAUGAUAAACUUUCAUCUAGGGCUAUUCAAUGUGUCUUUAUUGGCUAUUCCGAAACUCAAAAAGGGUAUAGAUGCUAUGAUAUUGAAAAAGAUAAGGUGUAUGUUUCAAGAAAUGUGAUAUUUUUAGAAGAAGAAAAUGGCUUUAAUGAAAAUAAACCCAAGCAUGACGAUGACUAUUCUUUUUUAUGGAUAAAUGAUGAUGAUGUUGAUAAUGAUGAUGAUGUUUUGCCUUCUUCACAUAAUGAUGCUCAAAAUGAGGUUGAGAAUACUCCUUUUGAUAGAUCUUCACCAAGAAGUGAUGGAUCACCAAGAGAAGUUAUAGUUUAUAAGAGAAGGUCUUAACAAAACAUCCAAGAGUCUCAACCUACUCUUAGGAGAUCUCAAAGAGAUUCUCAUCCACCUCAAAAAUUUGUUUCCUAUGAGUCUUUUUCCCCAAAACAUAGAGCUUGCUUAUUAGCUAUUCACUCUCAUGUUGAACCUUCAUCCUAUCUUGAAGCCAAAACUAACCCACAUUGGAUUGAAGCAAUGAACAAUGAACUUAGAGCCCUUGAAGACAAUAAAACAUGGGACAUUGUGUCUCUUCCUAUAGGGAAAAAGACAAUAGGAUGUAGGUGGGUUUACAAAAUCAAAACUAGAAGUGAUGGAUCUAUUGAAAGGUAUAAAGCUAGACUUGUUGCCAAAGGAUAUGCCCAAGAAUAUGGGAUUGAUUACGAAGAAACUUUUGCCCCUGUCGCUCGUAUGACCUCUGUUAGAGCUCUUAUUGCUGUUGCUUCUAUUAAACAAUGGUCCAUAUAUCAAUUGGAUGUCAAAAAUGCUUUUUUGAAUGGUUACUUAAAUGAGGAGGUAUACAUGGACUCACCCCCUGGGCUAGAUGUACCUAAAGGCAAAGUUCUUUAUCUCAGAAAGGCAUUGUAUGGUUUGAAACAAGCUCCAAAAGCUUGGUUUGAUAUGUUUAGCAAUGUUAUGUUUAAACAAGGUUUUAAAUCAUGUUUUUCUGACACAGCUAUGUUUGUUAAAAACACAACUACAGGUACAAUUGUGUUGCUUUUAUAUGUAGAUGAUAUGAUUAUUACAGGUAAUGAUGCCAACGGAAUUAUGCAGGUAAAGGACUUUCUAAAGAAUGAAUUUGAAAUGACUGAUUUGGGUAAACUAACAUAUUUUCUUGGUAUUGAAGUAGCUUAUAGUAGAAGAGGAUACUUACUCUCACAAAUGAAGUUUGCCAAUGACAUUAUAAGCAGAUCAGGUAUCACUGAUGACAAGGUGGUAGACACUCCUGAAGCCUUACGAGUAAAGAUGAAGAUUGAUGAUGGAGAAAUUCUAGAAAAUCUCACUCCAUUUCGUCAAUUGGUUGGAGCUCUCACAUAUUUAUCCAUCACAAGGCCUGACAUAUCACAUGCGGUACAUGUCAUAAGUCAGUUUCAACAAAGACCCACUUCUGGACACAUGGGAGCCGCAUUGAGGAUUGUUCGAUAUGUCAAACACACAAUCACUAAAGGACUUUUUCUAUCCUCCUCAUCAAACUUGAAUAUGAUUGCCUAUACUGAUGCUGAUUGGGGUGGAGAUCCUAAUAACAGGCAUUCCACCAUCGGUUUUUGUGUUUUUCUAGGCGACUCUCUUAUUUCGUGGAGGUGUAAAAAACAAAAUAAAGUCUCUCUAUCAUCAACUGAAGCAGAAUAUCGUGCCAUGGCCACCACCACCAUAGAGAUUGUGUGGUUAAAAAGCUUGUUGAAGGACAUUGGAAUUGACUUAAAUGAAGCAACCAAGCUCUGCUGCGACAAUAAAAGUGCCAUCUACAUUGCUAGCAAUCAUACUUUUCAUGAAAGGACGAAGCAUAUUGAAAUGGAUUGUCACUAUGUGAGAGAAGAAUAUCUUAGCUGAACAAUCGAUAUAUCCAUUGUCCCUUCUGAAUAUCAACUUGGAGAUUUCUUCACCAAGGCACUUGCUUCAGCACGUUUUCAGUUUCUUCUUGGCAAACUUUCGGUGAUCACACCGUAAGUUUGAGGGGGGGUGUUAGAAUUUAAAUAUUCGACAUUAUGUAAGUAUACAUAUGUUUCAUAUAUGAUUUGUAUAUAUGAAUAUCUAUGUAUGCAUAGGUGUUAUGUAUUUUAUUUUAUUUGCUUCCUUUUCUUUUUUAUGUACUUUUUAUUUCUUUUCUUUUUCUAUUUUUACCUUUUCCUUUUUGUAAAAGGGAACUAGCUGUUGGACCAGCUUCCAACGGCUAGAUUUCUAGCCGUUGGAGCUGGCCCAACAGCCAACUCCUCCUUCUUCUCUCCCUUUCAUUGUACUAUAUAUAUGGGACUGUUGUCCCUUGUUUGGUUAAGGCUUUUAGGCCUCUCUUGUGUAUUCUUCUCUUGAGAUUAAUAGAUUUGGUAUCUUCUCCUCAAGUUUGAGGUUUGGUUGUGUAUUACCUAUUGAAGUUGUUGGGAUCUUCAAGAGUGUAUCUCUUGAAACAUUUGUAUUCUCAAGAUCAGGCCUGAUUUACAAUUGACACUAAACUAACAAUGGAACACUUAAGUAAAAUGAGGUUAAAGGUGUCGUAGUAUCAAUCGGCAAUGAAUAUGCAAGAGGGUGACCUUUGGGUUGGAAUGUGGACUCUCUAGAAGGAGGCAGAGAACCAAAUUAAUGAGAUAAAAAACAACCAUUAUUGGGUUCGGUUGAGAGUCUUUGCAUUUAGCAAAAGCAAUGACAUCUGUGUUACUGGUGUGUACUUGGACUCAAACUUCAGAAUUAGGAACUCCUUCUUCAGGACUUUUCCAUUAUUGCUUCUUAUGAACCAGUCCAUGUGGUUUAUAUAAGAGUUUUCAACUCUAUGAUUGGCCAGCAUGAUAGGGGACAUGGAAGCCCCCACCCUUUCAGCUUGUCUGGCUUUUUCUAGGUUCAUUCACGAUAAUGAGAUUAUAAAGAUUUCAGAUAGUGAGAUAAAGUUUACUUGGUCGAAUAAUAGGCCAGGAGAUGUAAAUGGUAUGAGUAGACUUGAUAGGUGCUUCGUGUCAUCCCCAUGAGCUAGGGAUAGAUAGUGGGUUAUGACCUUGGAGGUUCUUCAUAGACUUAUGUUGAAUCAUAUGUUGUAGUCGGAAGUCACGUAUCUACAUCUGUUUCAGAGUCUGAUGCACAAAAUCAUGGCUCUUCAGAAUCCUUACAAAGUGCUCAGAAGUUUGAAAAUGUGGACCUGGAAAAGGCAGUUUUUCUUUCAUUGGAAUGGGAGAACGAAGGACCAUAUGAAGAAGCUGUUGAAAGGUUUCUCUCCUUAUUGUCUAUCUUUUAUAAUGUUUUGGACCUAUGCAAUAGCUGACUUUAUUCCACUGCAGUAGUAUUUGUCUUGCUUUUCUCCUAUCUUUUAUGUUGGGAGGCUGGGUUGACUAGCAUGAUGGAUUAUUAUGGUGGACAUUAUUUGUUUCUCAAAAUCUAAUUAUUAUGAUCUCUUGCCUGUUGUUGAUAUUAUGAUAGAGGGUAAGCUAAAACUAGAGUCUACAUGCUUAGUAGGUACAGUUUCUCAUAUAUACGUAAAGAAAAGGGAAAAAUUCGUUCAAGUUUAUACCAUUUUCUCUUUGAUUUUUUCCUUUUAUGGAGAGAAAAACUCAUCAAAACUUUCAGAUGGGUAGCCACAUGAAGGUUACUUGUUUGAUAUGUGUUUGUGUGUGUGCUAUGUGUACAACAUAAAAAAAAGACACUGAAUUUAUCACAUAAACUAUCUAUAAAAUUGAAUUCAACACAAAACUCUUAGGAAGAAGCUCAAAAUUAUGCAUGUUGUUUAGUUAUCUAUAAGCUUAGUUCUUAGGAGUAGGUGAUGAAUGUUCAUCUUCCUCAACAAGACAUAUGUCCCAUAUGUGAUUUUUUUUUUUAAAUAAUCUUAUAUUUUGCAUAGAAGAAUGCCCACAUAUACCUUUAUAAAAUGAUGAAGCUAGUUGUUGUCUAGCCUCAAAUGCUAGUUUUCUUGCUUUACGACUAACUCAACUGCUGGACCUCUUCCUUCCUGUGUGCAUGUCAGGGUCAACCCCCCCUAUUUUACGCAUUCAUUUUUCAACCCUUUGACUAAUAAAUUACUAUAUGUGUUUCCUAAUUCAAUUUAUUGCUCCUCCGUGGAGAUAUUUUUCUUUACCAUUGUCACAAAUCCAAUGGUUCUUCACCCUCCCCCGACCCCAACCCAAAAAAAAAAAAAAGCAAAAGCGGGACAGAAAGAAGGUAAAAAAGAAAAACAGGAAAAAAUUUAUGAUAUUUGAAGAAAAAUGAAAAAAUAGAAGUAUCAUUUUUUUUUAUUUCCCUUUUUUCAGAAAGAGUGUUUUUUAUGUUUAUUUAAUAUUUAAUAAUUAUUUGAAUAUUGAUCAAUCUUUUUGUAAGAAAAUGAGUAAAAAAAACUAAGAUAUGUUAUUUUUUUAUAUUUUUAAUUGUUUGAAUUCCCAAGAAAAACAAACUUCCCAAUGCACACCUUAAAAAAAAACCUCGUUGUUAAGGACUCGAGAAUUGUAUCUAUAACAACCUGGCCAGUGGAUCCUAACCCACCCCCAAGCAGGUCGGAAAAAGGCUAAGAACCAGGACAACUAAUCAUUUAACAAUUCCCUUUAUAAGUCUCAAACAAUUCUUUAUAAUUAAACUUUUGGGGAGUUACAAUCUCCACCCUCCCCCCUUUAAGGCACGCGUCUUCGUGUGUAUGCGACCUUAGGUUGAAUGCUGAACCGACUUUGAUACCACUAUAACCACUUGGCUGGCAGAUUCCAACAUGCCCUUUAACAGUUUCGGUUCCACCUCAGAAAAGGUAGAAUCAAGACAAAGUCACUUAAUAACCCCCUUUAUAGGUCUCCAAAGAUUCUUUACAAUAUUGGAUAAGAGACUAAGGUGUUACAAUAUUAAAUUUUUGAGUGUUACAAUCCACACCCCUUAAGGCACAUGAAACAUCGUGAGAUGAAUUCAGCAAUCUCUUUUUUUAUCCCUGGCCACCAAAAAUUUCUUUUUAUAUUUGGAUACAUUUUGGUGCUUCUUGGAUAUAUGGUAUAUCUCGAUACCUCUUGAUUAAACAAUUUUCGAAUAUCAGGCAUUCUCAUGUCCCAACUGUUGUUUCAUUCAAAUUAGAAUAUAGAAUACCCUCAUGUAUAUGUGGCUACCCUAAUAAAAUCACAAAGUCUCUGUUAUAACCUGAUCACUUCAUAGAUCCAAAACAAAACAAGCAUAACUAAUCUCUUUCAAACACAUUUAAUGCAUUCUUAUUACUGCUGGAUUCUUGAUGAUAUAGUUUUUGUUUUAAGAAAUACAGGUUGUUGUGAUCUUGUUACAUAUCUCUAAAUUUUGAGAUUGCUUUGUUAGUUUUUGUUUACUCAUAUCUCGGAUUGUAAAGAAUCUUGAGGGACUUACAAAGGAGGUUGUUAUGUGAUUGGUUGUCCUGGUUACUAGCCUUAUUCGGGCUGAAACCAAAAUUGUUAGGGGGUGGAUUGAGAACUGCUAGCCGGUUUUUUAUAGUGGUAUCACAGCUGGUUCAAUACUCAGACCUAGAGUACCACACAAGCAGACACGUGUACUUCAAGAAAAGGGGGGGGGGUGGUGAAUUGUAACAACUCUAAAGUGUUAAGAAUAUUUGGAGACUUAUAAAGAGGGUUGUUAAGUGAUUGGUUUUCUUGGUUCCUAGCCUUGUUCAGGGUGGAAACAAAAUUACUAGGGGCCAGGUUGGAUCUACCAAGUACCAACUAGGUUAUUACAGUAGUGGUGACAAUGCUCUCUACCAUUUGUUUAUAUGUUGAUGUACUAACAUAUGAAGUAAUUCUCGUUAGUGUAUCUCAGUGAAAUGGCUUAUGUUAUGUCUUAUGCUGUUACUGUUACUUUUUGGAAAAAAUAUGUUCCUCAGUUUUAGCAAUAAUUUAGUAACAUUGACAUCUUGAUUGGUUCACGUUUGGUUCCUUCAGUUAGAUGGGAAAGCUUGCUUUUGCUUCCAAAGUUUUCCCCCACGUCAUCCUUUGUCUGAUUAGAAUUAUGGGAUGUUUAUUUUAGAGGAUGGAAGUUAAUACUGGACCAGAUGAAGUGUCUGAACUCUAAAGACAUUCUGCUACUCAGAUGAUGCUGGUGAAAGUACACUUUCUGUUAAUGAGUUGAAUAAGAACCAUUCUAGUGUCAGUGUCCAUCAUAUACUGUUCAGUACGUGGCCUCAGAAUCCACUGUCAUUUUAAUGAUUUCCCACAUAUAUUUGUUUACAGAUUAAUAGGUGAAGGAAAAUAUAUGGAUGCUCUUGCUUUAUCUGAUCGUUGUUUACGUGGUGGGGCUUCUGAUCGGUUGCUACAGUUGCUAGUUGAAAGAGGUGAAGAAAAUUGCUAGUUGAAAGAGGUGAAGAAAAUCAUUUAGCCACUGACUUGCCACAUGGUUAUGGUAUACAUAGCGUAUGGAGCAAUAGUUGGCAAUAUUGUUUGAGAUUGAAAGAUAAGCAACUGGCCGCCAGACUUGCUCUCAAGCCAUCCUAGCACGACAAGCUUUGCAGAGAUAUAGUCACAUACUGUGUGCAGAUGACAGAUAUAACAGCUGGCAGGAGGUUGAAGCUGAUUGCAAGGAAGAUCCUGAUGGUCUUGCUUUGAGAUUGGCUAGCAAGGGUGCUGUUUCUGCAGCCUUAGAAGUAGUUGAAAGUGCCAAUUUAUCUAUAGAUCUGCGGAGAGAGUUGUGGGGCAGGCAACUUGUUGAGCUGCUUACUGCUGAUCCUGUCAAUGGUGGCGGUCCGGUAGAGGCUUCAAGAUUCCUUUCAUCAUUCCAUGAAGCUAAUGAUACUCUGCUAUGGGUGCCAUGCAACAACUUCCUAACUUGCGGUCAAAGCAACUUCUUGUGCACUUUUUUCUUGAAGAGGCGUGAUGGAAAUAUGUCAGACGCUGAAAUCUCCCAGCUUAAUGCUUGGGCCCUGGGUCUACAUGUUCUUGCUGCUUUGCCUUUGCCUUGGCAGCAACGUUGUUCUGCGUUACAUGAGCAGCCUCUGUUGAUCUUAGAAGUCCUAUUUAUGUGUAAACAGUUAGAUUCUGCUUCUCAGAUCAUGAAAGAGUUUCCUUCACUUAGGGACAACAAUCUGAUUCUUGCAUAUGCGGCUAAAGCCAUUGCUGUUAACAUGAAUCCUCCUGUUAGUGAACAACGUGCCCCUAUGGUGGUUCCCAGAACAAGGCAGAAAACACAAACGGGCAUGCCUGCAAAAUCAAAUUUUAGUCACGGCUUCAGCAACUUGCAGAAAGAAGCUCGCCAUGCAUUUUCAUGGACACCUCGUGAUAGUGGUACUAAGAGUAAUUGGAAGGAACCAUAUCGUAAGCGGAAAAGCUUAGGAUUGCCUCCAUCUGCAAAUACUUCUUGGGAAGCAAUGGCCAAUAUUCAAGAGGAUCGUAGUUCAGUUAAUGCACUUGAUGGACAAAAAAGGUUUCCCUCUAUUGCUACUUCUGAAAGAUGGGUACUCACAGAACCCAAUCAUUCAUUUCUUGUGGUUCACAAUGAUGGGGAGGAUGAUCUACAUGCCAAUAUCACCAUUACAGGUUCUUCUUUUCAGCAAGUGAAGCAACUUAAGCAACAUGGGAAACUGAAGGUUAUCUUGCCAGGUGUUGGUUCCGAAGUAUCAAAAGCAAUUUUGAAUGUUGGAAAUGGGGAAUGUGUACUUCAGAGGAAACAAUCAUUGAAUAACAUAUUCCAGGACUUGCCCUUAAAUGCAUCUCUUGUGACACCUACUUAUGGUGCAUAUUUCUUGGCUUUUGCUGUGCUGACAGUUGGUGGAACCUCUCUGUUGUAAACUUAGAAGACAAAGGCAGCGCCAUGGUGGUGUUAGAUACCAGGAGCUUGAGAUGGGUUUGCCAUAAUCAGACAGUCCAGGCACUACCACCUCAUGGAAGCUGGAAUCUAGUCCAGCUGAUGGCUGGGAUCGAGAUUGGGAUGAUGGUUGGGAAGAUGAGGAAUCAGCAACACCCAACAGACCCAUGAAUCGCCAUGCCUCUAGAGCCACUGAAAAAGAUGGAUGGGAACAAUUGGAUGAUCGAUAGCCUUCUAGUUAGAGUUGGAAAAGAGAAGAAAUAUAUGUUAUUUUUUGACUGGUCAAGAUGGUCCAUAUUUUUAUUCUAGUUAAGAGGGAAGUUCUUUUGGCCAUUUGAGUGGAAAGGAUGUGACAAUACAUGAAAUCAAAGCUCAUGAAUGCUGACAUUCACCUCUACUGCUAGACGUUGAAGCCGUCGAGGACAUUUUGUAGACAGUCAAAGUUCAUGUGAUAGCAUCACUUGUCACCCCUCCUCAAUACAGAGUAUUUUAUAAUUUGCAAAAUUUUGUUGGUUGAGAAUUAUCAGUGAUAAAUUAGAAGUUUGGGUGCCUAAAAUAUCAAAAGGUGCAUCUAUUAACAACUUUGAAUGGUAGGAGGGCUCCAGUUGUUAACAGAUUAAGGUUUUGACUUGUUUCAUGUAAAAUUAACAGUUUAUUCGUGAUAGAAGAGAUUAAUAUUGGUAA